AUGUCCUAUUCUGCUGUUCCCGCCAACUACAUGAGCGACGACGACCAGCUUGAGUCGCCGACGUUUCAACCUCCGAAACUGCAGCUCCGAAACUUCGAUUUCGGAAGCCUGUCUUCUGCUUUAGGUACGAGUGAAGCUAAGGGUGGUAGAUCGCGAUCUGGGUCUAAGGUGAAAUCGAGCAUACAUUCUGGAACGUCCUAUGAUAUGGUCGACUCCGACACCGAAUCAAAUUAUGACGAGGAUGAGAAUGAUGGAAAUGGGAAAGGAAAGGGGAACGGAGAAUCGAUGCAAGGGGGAAAUCUAAACAGCCACGGGAAACAGCAGCAAGUACACGACUCCAUGGCACAUGGCGGCGCGGGCAAUAUGCACUCAGAGAUAAUGAAAGACCCAUCUCGGCUCGGGCUACAAUUGGACGGCCGUGCUGACAGCAACGAAAGGGGUGUCUCAGCCCAAACUUCAGCUGUACCACCACGGCUCGAGUAUGAAGAAGCCGACAACUACGAUGAUCAACCACGUAGCCCGAGAAGAAGUAGAGGCAGUUCUCCAUCUAUACACACUCCUUUACCUCCGCCUCCAGAGCUCUUAGACCACCAGGAGUAUAGUGGCUCCUCGGAAGAUAUACAUCCAGUUUUUAGGCAUUCACAAUCGGUUCCUGAACUCCCUCCAGUUGACGUACAGGGGCUGCAUAUUCACGACGAUCGGGAUUACCGGCCAGCUACAUCUGCGUCUGGUGUGGGGGAUCUGUUCAAGGAUUUUGACGGCGUGCAUUUUGACCUUGAUAACCCAGAAGCUCCUGGAUUCCCGCUUCGAAACCAACAAGGUUAUCUCCCACCUUCGCCGGCGCCGACCCAUCAGCAGUACCGUCAAAGCCAAGCUUAUCCAGAUCACCGUCAAAGCCAAGCAUAUCCUGAUCAUCGCCAAAGCCAGGUCUAUCCAGACCCAGGCCUAGUCUAUUAUCCAGCUCCUGUUCCUGCGAUGCUAAACCUCCCACCGACACUGUCCAAAGCUCGACCAAACAACCGAAAUAGCAGAUUGAUGUCCACCGAGUCCCUCGGACAAGCUACAAAUAAUAACCGGCUUUCAGUUGCGCGUCCGGGAUCCUCAGAAAAAGAUCUCCAUAGGCGUUCAGUUGCGACAACGAAUGACCCUGCUCUCAACAACCGUCGUUCACUCGCUAAUCUCCCACCUGCUCUCCGUGCAUCCCAAUUCUUCGAUUCUCAGCUCCCGCCAAUAGUUCCGGACCUUAAGGAGGAGUCCGCAGUCGCGACACUUGACAGUAUCCUUGAUGCAUCAGCUCGUGCUCCCGCAGCCGCAUUCACGGAUCACCCAAUUACCGGUGGUGUUCCAUCAUACGCACAUAACCGCAACCGCUCCACUGCCACCAAUCUAGGAAAUUACCGGAAUAGCGUCGCCAUUAAUGUCAAGUUGCAUCCUGGCGAAUCCCCUCGCUCAUCACUAGAAGCUACUGACAACCCAGACCACCACAAUCACAACCCCGGAUACGACGAUGACGAUGCUGGCUCUCAUUUGAAUCCUGAAACGGGCGAAUACUAUGAUCAACAGCGCUUCUCUGGUACUUCUGAAGAAUUCGCAGCAGCAAAUUUGGAUCCCUCGCUCCAACCUCUUCCCACUACCCUUCUCGCGGAGCUUGAAUCUCGAAAAGCUCAACAAAGGCUCCGGAACCGUACAGCUGCUUCUGCAUUUCCUCGAGGAAUUCGAAGUACUCUUCUGCAGCUUGAUGCUGUUGCGCAAGUGCAACAAAAACACAGACGUACCAAAAAGACUCAUUUGGCAUGGGAGGAGGAAGGUGGGGAAGAUGAAGAUGAAAAAGAUGAGGACGUACCUCUCGGCGUACUAUUUCAAGUUUCCCCCGGCGUUCAAAAACGCCGCGAUGAUGAGAUACCAUUAGGUCUUCUUAUGAAAAAAGAGAUGGAAGAUGCAGAACCACUAAGCAAGCGUCGUGAUAGGCUACGCAUGGUGAAUGGGCAACCAAUGGCCCAGCCAAAUUCUCAUCGUAUGCUUGACGUGCCAGGUCUUGGUGGCUCCAAUGGUGGUGCUGAGGAGGAAGAAGUAGAAGGCGAGACUUUGAGAGAAAGAAUGAAGAGAUUGAAAGAGAAGCAACAAUUUGGGACUGGUGCUCUUGAUAUGAAUUUCGGAAGCGACAAAGGGGGCGAUCAACAAACAGAUAAGCCAGAAGUUGAAGAAACUCUUGCAGAGCGCCGGCGUCGUCUUCAGAAAGAAAAGCAGGAUGAAGACAAACAUCAAGCCCUCCGACGCGAAUCAGUAAUGCUUCAGCAAGAAGUGAAGUCCCGUCGUAACAUGGCUGAUCUCCUUCACGCAAAACCAAUGGGCAUGGCUGGCGCUCGGCCUCAAUCUUUCUAUGGUUUGCAAGGUGGUGGUGGUUCCAAUGGUAGCUUUGGGCAGCUACCUAUUCAACAAGGAUUUACUCAAGGGGGAAUGGUUGGGAUGAAUAUGGGUAUGGGAGGCUACGGCAUGGGAGGGCCCGGUUUAAUAGGUCGGGGUGCCGGCGCAAUGGGGGGCAUGGGGGUGGGCCCUGCAGGAAUGGGGAUGAUGGGCCCAGCGGGCGAGAUUAUAUUGGACCCUAAGCAGAGAGAAGUAGUGGAAAGAUGGCGAGCGAGUGUUAUGUAG